CACCCUCGCUCAUCCUGACAACUAAACUUCACCCUCUCCAGCAGGCAGGGUCAACUUUGUUCGGUCUUUGGCAGAUCGCAGGCACACCAACACCACACACCCUCCGUCGACUUUGUUGAUUGAACUUGUCAACCCCAUCGACAACCUAGCCCAGUCUAGUCCUGUUCAUCAUCAAGUCUCGUCAAGAUGCUCGACCAGUACACCUACAUCUUUGCCAUUGGCACCUUUUUCGCCCUGUUGGAUGCGUACAACAAUGGCGCAAACGACGUCGCAAACGCCUGGGCAACCAGCGUUUCAUCGCGGUCCAUCUCGUACCGCCAGGCCAUGGUGCUAGGCACCAUCUUUGAGAUGGUGGGUGCCAUCACGGUCGGAGCCCGCACUGCCGAAACCAUCAAGAACGGCAUCAUCCCCAACGACGCCUUCCGCGGCGAUGCCGGCGUGCAGAUGCUCGCCUUCACCUGCGCCCUCGCCGGCGCCUCGACCUGGGUCAUGUGGUGCACCAGGCACUCGGCCCACGUCUCGUCCACCUACUCGCUCAUCUCGUCCGUCGCCGGUGUCGGUGUCGCCACCGUCGGUGCCAGCAAGGUCCAGUGGGGUUGGAACAACGGCAAGGGACUCGGAGCCAUCUUUGCCGGUCUCUUCAUGGCUCCCACCAUCUCGGCCGGCUUUGGCGCCACCAUCUUCAUGCUCAUCAAGCUCAUCGUGCACUUGCGCAAGGACCCCAUCCCCUGGGCUGUCUACACUUCGCCAUUCUUCUUCCUCAUCGCCGCCACCGUCUGCACCCUGUCCAUUGUCUACAAGGGCUCCCCCGCCCUGGGCCUUGCAUCGAAGCCCCCGGCAUUCAUUGCCGCCGUCACCUUGGGCACCGGCUUCGGUGUGGCUCUCUUGGCCGCCCUCUUCUUCGUCCCCUUUGUCCACGCCAAGGUCAUCAAGAAGGACUACACUCUGAAGUGGUACGACUUCCUCCAGGGCCCUCUCCUGUUCAAGCGCCCCGCCCCGGCCGACCAGGACAACAUCCUCGCCCGCGUUCCCAACUACGCCGUUGUUCAGCACGACGAGGAGGAGGAGGAGGAAGCCCACAGGCCUGAUGCUGCCACCACGGCCUCCGGCUCGCAGCACUCCACAGACCUGCCCAUCAAGCCCGUUGACGAAGCUGCCGCCAAGGCCGGCCGGGACUCGGAGAAGCAGAUGGUCAUGGCCGAGGCCGCCCGCCCGCAAAAGACUUACAAGGAGCUCCAGGAGGACGGCGAGCGCAAGCUCCACGCCAAGCUGUGCAAGGGCAGGGGCCCUCUGGGCUGGGCCAUGAGGACCCUUCGCGACAACCCCAUGGGCCCUGGCCAGGUCUACGAGCGCCACAACAUCAUCCGCCUGAUCAAGCGCCUUCCCGCCAUGGUGGUGGUCGGCGCCCUGUACGGUCUCCACUACGACAUCCACUCUGCGCAGUCCGGCAUCUCUGGCACGCCCGAGGGUGAGCGCAUGGCCCGGGUCUACGCCAACGCCGCCAAGUACAGCAACGAGGUCGAGCACACCUACUCCUUCGUCCAGGUCCUGACCGCCUGCACCGCCUCCUUUGCACACGGCGCCAACGACAUUGGAAACUCGGUCGGUCCCUGGGCCGUCAUCUACGCCGCAUGGAAGACUGGCAGCCCUGCCGCGUCCAAGGCUCAGGUAGAGGUUUGGCAGCUUGCCGUUUUGUCCCUGACUAUCAGUGUUGGUCUGAUCACAUAUGGCUACAACAUCAUGAAGGUCAUGGGCAACAAGAUCACCUACCACUCCCCCAGCCGUGGAUCCUCCAUGGAGAUGGGCGCCGCCAUCACCGUCCUCGUCUUCUCGCAGUUCUCCCUCCCCGUCUCGACCUCCAUGUGCAUCACUGGCGCCACCGUCGGCGUCGGUCUGUGCAACGGAACCUUCAAGGCCGUCAACUUCCAGCGUGUCGGCCUGCUCGUCUUCUCCUGGAUCAUGACCAUCCCCGUCGCCGGCACCAUCGGUGGUGUGCUGAUGGGUUUGAUCCUCAACGCUCCUCACUUCACCUCAUAGACGGGGAGAGCUUGUUUCUUUUUUCGUCAGUCUUAUAUAGAGAAAGGCGCGUCUACAAAGUUUUGAAUGCUUCCUGUGUUGAGCUGUGGACGGUGCUGCCUUUGUUGUUUCCUUUGCAUAUCGGGGCAGCGGAUUUGGGUUUUCUUUUUCUGGUUGAAGAGCAUGUACGAGCUGAUAGGGCUGGAGCGAAGGGUUUUUGGGGCGACAGUGAUACCAUAUUUACGCAAAACAAAUAAUCCAGUCAUUCACGCACGGGUCACGCUUCCUCCCCGUUGUCCAUGUUCUGCAGCCGGGUGAUCAAAGACACACUUUUGCUUUGGCGGAUAGGUA